AUGAGCUCCCGAGCGCUGAGAAGACUUCAGAAAAAUAGUUUAGAGGACACACUGGCCACUUUAGCUCCUGGUGCUGAUGAAGAGGAGACUGACGUUGAUUAUAAUGCUGUUAGGACAAAGACACCAGUGAACAUGUUCGCCCUCAUGGGAGAAGGUGACGAUGAAGAUGAUGAUGAACAGGAGAAGGAAAGUAGCGAUAAUGGUCAAACUAAUGAAGCCUUUGGUACUCAUGUGCCUGCUACCACCGCCAUUCCAGAUUCAAAGCAGUCUGCAGGGAAGACACAGAGCAAAAAGACGUCGAGGAAUAAGAAGAAAAAGAAGAGAGCUAAUAAGAACACCAAAAAACACCCGGAGAAGCACACCGAUUUGAGAGAGGGGAGCGGCACGGACGAAGAACUCGACCAAAUCAUCAAGCAAUUCCAAGACAAGGAAAAAUCGGCAGAUGUGCACGUUGGACACUCUAGCGGGUCAGACUUUGACUAUGACACUGCAAAUGAAGAAGAAGAAGAAGAAGAACAAUUCACAUACCGACAGAAGGGGAGAGUAACAAUGGUUACAGAUCCAGGGUUCACGCAUUUUAGGUCUUAUUCAGAGCUUUCUCGUAUUUUUGGUUCCAUUGACAUGAAAAAGCUAAACCCAGAUUACGAGUAUAAACUUUUAUUUGGAGACCUAUCAGCUGAAUCUCUGGCUGAUGUGGACUCCAUGACGUCCACUCAUGUUUCGCCGCAGGUCAUGAGGCAAAUAGAUAAGCUCAAGAGCAUGGUUCGUAAUUGGGGUGGUAAGGAUCACAAAACUGUGCCCAACGGGUCGACCGUUAGACGUCUUGCCUUCACAAAAAUUCGCAAUGAUUGGAUCCCUACUGCUCGCGGAGAGUUCACAAUCUGCCAGCUAUCGCAGGAAGAAGUUAGAGAGUGGAAUGCAUGGCAAAGGCCCCAGGACUGGAUGGACGAGAUUGAGACUACCUGUAGGAAGUUGGAGAAAGUAGGGAUAAAUUUCUACAAGUUCGAGCCAUCCAAUGCGGAUCUCAAUCGGAAAGCUAUGACCGAAUUCUACAUGAGUGUCGUGCUACAUCCUGACCACGAGGCUUUAAUCAAUCUCAUUUCAACCAAAUUCCCCUAUCAUGUACCCUCCCUUCUUCAAGUCGCUUUGAUCUUCGUCAGACAGGGUGAGAAGACCAACAGUAACGGGCUGGUAGAAAGGGCCCUCUUUGUAUUUGAUCGCGCAUUGAGAGCUCACAUCACUUUUAAUGGGACGGCCUGUCAGCUUCCAUUCAUUUAUUUUUACAACAGACAGUUCUAUUCAGCCAUUUUCCGUUAUAUUCAAAUUCUUUCCCAGAGAGGUGCUGUCUCUACUGCAAGUGAAUGGUGCAAAGUGUUGUGGUCACUGUCUCCGCUAGAGGAUCCUCUCGGCUGCAGGUAUUUCAUCGAUCACUAUUUGCUAAUGAAUAAAGAGUACGGCUACAUGAUUAAACUCGCAAACUCAGCUCUUAUCAACACUUAUAAGGAAUGGUAUACUUUGGGAAUGUCUCUCGGAUUCGUUCUUUCAUACCUGAAACUUGAUAGGAUAGAUGAAGCUAAGUUAGAGAUCAAGAAAGCUUUUCAACAAUACCCAGAAUCACUCACAUCUAUAUUUGUUCAGGGAGCAUUGGGCGAUAGCUCGUACUUGAAUGGACUACAACUUCCAGAAGAGUCGCCCAACUCUGCUUUGGAAGUGAAGGCGUAUUUGAUCAGAAUGAAAGUUUUGUGGGGAGGAACGGAGUUGAAAUUCUUGGGCGAUCAAAUAAAGGUGGUUAUUGACGAAUACAAAGCGGGAGCGAUCCAAGUGUCGGCAGCAAACAAUGUAAAAUCCGAGAACCCCUUUUUCUUGGGAGGAUAUAUGGUUAACUUAUUGCGAUUUGCCGUUUUAUCACAAGAGUCUCCAUUGAUGGCUUGCAUUCCUGAGGAAAUCUGGUCGGAGCGCGAAGUUUACGAAUUCGACGUUCUGCCGCCAGAACCUCAUGGGCGGGAAACUGAGGAGUUAAUUGAAUCUGCUAAAUCAUUCAUCAGCGAAAAUGACCUCAAUAUGACAAGACUUGAAAUGAUGCAAGAUGAAAACCUUAUCAAUCAAAUCACGCAAAUGUCGCUCGAGCAGUUUCUUCAAGAAAAUCCCAACGCUGGCAUUGAUGAGUAA